AUGUUCUGUGCAUUCAAUCGGCUCGGUAUUAUUGCCACCACACUGAGCGAGUUUGCGCGCCCGUCUCAGAAUCAGCAAGAUGAAACGGUGCAGCGGGACCACCUGGCCACGCCACCCGCACCAUGGCCUGAGGGCAUGCCGAAAGGUGUUCCUGGAGUGACCUGUCAGGGUCGGGGAGAAAUUUGGUGGGCCAGGGUGAGGGUGUCAUAUCACGACGGACCCGGCGCCUCCGUGUAUGGCUGGCCAGCCAAAGGUGGCAUAUACGUCCAUACAGCUUCGGCGGUGGAGAUUGAGUUUCUCGGUUUCGAUAGAUUUAAACCCGUUCCACACCCUUCUCCAAACAAUCCUUCCGCUGCCCCUGAUGAAGAGGCACACUGCAACAAGAUGCGCCAACUCGGGGCCGUCUGGUGGAAGAGCGAAUACGCCUGGUCUGAGGAUAAAAGAACCGUACACUACAGACCUCCGCCGGAUCCCCCCAAUAGUUUCAUUGUAACGGGCUGGCCGACUACCGGCGGGGUCUGGGUUCUUAGCACAACCAAAGGUGAAGCUGUCGAAAAAAGGAGAAUCUCUUUCGUGGAAGGGGUGUCGAGUUGCUGCGUUCGUGGACAUCGUUUGGCGAGGUGCCUCACGAAUAACGCUCUUCUCCUCCGUCUCACAAAAUAUGCCCUCAUUUGA